GCGCAACUUGUGACCAGUGGGCGCAUCUUCGUGGUGAGCGCUUCUUCACCUACGUCGUGCGCGCUGCCCUGUGGAAGCGUGGAGCAGCGGGCGCGUCUUCGGCUGCGCCGUGCGUCAUCUCCUGUGCCGUCGUACAUGAGCGACUGCAUCUUCGGCACCGGUGUACGUCAUGAAAGUGGCGGUUUUCAGCAGCGGGCGUUUGUUUGGCGGUUGUGGCAGGCGUCUAGCUAUGGAGAGCACGGGGUUCUCGGAUAUGGACGUUCGUGGGCGCGGGCAGGGUCUUCAGGAUGACGAAAUCGACGCGGUGGCGAUGGCCGUGACUGCCGUCGUCAUGAACACGAUGCGUGGUGUGCCGUCCUCGUCAAGCGACAUGCUGGCAAGCUCCGCAAACAAAGAGCGCUGUUGCAGCGCAUUGACGAAGCGCCAGAUUGCGUGGCCGGGUGUCAUCGCGUUCGUGCUGUACAGGUGGGUGUCAGGAGAGACGUACGAGAGCGGCACGUCUGCCUUUAGCAUCGUGAGAGCAACUGGACUGCAGGCCGUCCGCGACGUCACUUUGGCACUGCUGCAGGCGUACCCAAACGCGAUAAAGUGGCCAGUGGGCCGUAGACGCGCGCAGAUUCUGCGCGCUUUCCGUGACAAGGGUUUCCUCAACUGCUUCGGCGCAAUCGACUGCACACACAUCUUCAUUGACAAGCCUGCCGACGCACCAUUUGCCAACUACUACGACAGCAAACAAAAGUUUUCCGUGCUGGUGCACGUGGUAGUGGAUUUGGAUCUGCGGAUCAUGGACGUCCACAUCGGAUACCCGGGAAGCGUGCACGACGUCCGUGUCCUGCACAAUUCCCAGCUGUGGAGGCGUGCACAAGCUGGCGAGCUGUUCGACGCACCUCCGGUGAGUCUGCCGCACAGAGUCGUCACGCGAGGUUACUUGCUAGCUGACAACGGUUAUCCUGUUGUCUGCCCCUUGAUCGUGCAGCCGUACGGAGGAAUAGACCAAGGUCUUGACGAGGAGCGGUUUGACACGCGGCAGAAGGUGGCGCGGGGGUGUGUGGAGAGAGCUUUCGGGCGGCUGAAGUGCAUGUGGCGUCUUUUCUUGCGCACCCACAAGACGAACCUGGAUACCUUGCCGCAACAAUUCGUGGCAGUGUGCACUCUGCACAACAUCCUCCUAGACGUCGGGAUCGACUUCGAUGAAAACCUGUUGUGGGAGGUGGAUGAGAAUGGUGUGUGCCGGAGAGUGGAAUUGGGCAUUGUGGGGAACGGCGCGGCCGGGCGGCAACGUUGCACGAACGUCGACGGGGACUUGUUGCGUGACUCUCUUCGAGACCAGCUGGCUUUGAUGUAGGAGCACGUAGACGCGUGGUGGGGGUUUGGUGCGUGUGUGUGUAGGGUGUGUGUGUUUCGGGGGUGUCGGGAUUGCGGACGCGG